AUGACAGGUUCCGGCUGCAUGCUGUUCACUCUCUCAGAGGCGAUGAGAUCUAGCAACAAGACGGUCCUUUCUUUCCUCCUCCGCAACCCCUCCCAUGCGUCUCAGUGCUCGCAGCUUGCGAGCAUCCAAGUCAACCAAGAGCAGCAGGAGCGUAUGAACGGCCCUUGUCUCCUCCAUGCAGCCCGCGUGCCUGGCCUAACAAGCUUUUCUGCUUCCUCAAGCUCGGAUGUCAUCGGGGCGAUCGCGACAGUCACCAUUGACAUGGUACCCAACUUUGUCAUUGCAAACUCAACAACCAUCACUCUCUCCGGGAUCUUCGACGGGUUCUCCUCCUCCAACAACUCGCUGGAGAUGGUGGAGACAGUCGGAAACAUACGCGUCGACUUCCAGGAGAUUUACAGCAGGCUGGUGCUGACGUGUACAGACGUCGUCAUGGCCAGGACCCAGCUCAGGAUCACCUUCAAAAUGCGCAACAAGUGGCAAGCGGACGCGUUUGGAGCCAGACUGAAAGUUAUCAUUGAGAACCUGCCCCUCCAAACUCAGCAGGACCUGGAGCUGUCGAUCAACGGGCAGACAGUCCAGCUGCGGUCGGUGUCAUCUACUUCAGCUGAGCUCUAUGCUGGAGGGGUGCCGGUAAACCUCUACGUCUCGAACAUCCGGUUGCCGCAGCAUGACGGCCUGACCGGCAAUUAUCAGAUCACAGCCACAAGGGGGAACUUGACUAUCAGUGAAAGCUCCGCGAUAGCUGGCUCGCUGAUGGAGCCCUCGUUCGUCAGACUCCCAGCUGGUUUCCUAUCUCCGGAUCUUCCUCGUUACACCGAGCUGGAUGGAUACCCUGUCGAGAUCUCCUCCUCCCCUAGUCAGUACGGAGGGAAGGAGUACACCAAGCUUGACACCAUUGACCUCACCAUUCCCCGCGUGCGGUCAAGACGUUUCAGCGGAUUCAGCGGCACCUUCCAGCUGCUAACCCUCGUGAGUAGCUACGAGAUGAUCGAGAUGAACAUGCAGGUCAACGGAGUCCACCUGCUCCCCGGCACGAUGUCCAACGUUGUCUUCAGUCUCCCCUCCUUCAUCUCCCCUGUGCCCAGCUCCCUGCUCGUCAGCUUCAACUCCAGCAACCCUCUGGUCCCUGACUCUGAGGUCCGCAUCGAGUUCUACAGCACCCCAGCAAACCUCGAGCAGGCGAGCAUCGGCUUCUUCGACGGGCCCUUUGACAACCUUAUCAUCGCCGGCACCUCGAUCUCGGUCGGAGGUAACAAGAUCCUCAAGCUCAAGCCACAAGGCGUUAGGGGCCUCGACCAGCCGUUCACUGCCGCCAUGAGACUGGACGGCCUGACGUUCCUACAGACUACACCAAUGCUCCCCGAAUUUGUCGUGCAGACCAUCUCGAGUCAUGACAACCAGCUGAUCGACCAGAGCGACUUCACCAGCCCCAGCAGUGACUCUCAUCAGUUUGCGCUGGCGCUGGUCAAUGGGAUCCUGGUGGCCUUUGACGCUUCAAGUCCCGAUAAGGCUGUACAGGUUGCCAACAUCAGCCAGCUGGAGGUUGCGCAGCAGAUCUCAGCGGUCGAUGCCUCCUUCUCUUCCGUCUUGUUCAUCGACAGCAUAUCCCUGGUCUCUCUGGACCUCAACUCCCAUGAGAUUACCUCCGUGCUCCUCAAGAGCGGUGCUUCUCUCGUCAACGAGCUCGUCUCCAUGCGCUGGGAUGUCGAGCGCGAGAGACUGGUGGGGAUAGCGAUCAUGGACGACGGCUCCUACUACUGCGCGAUUGACAGGUUUUCCGGAAACGUCACACGGCUCGCUGUCAUUCCCAGCUGCGGUUCGAUCGAAUGCUCUCUCCAGCGAGGACUUUCAGCCUUCAGUCCGACCCUGGGGCUCUACUUCAGCGCCUCUUUCCUCGCCCUCCUCACACUUGACUCAACGACGGGACAGAUUCUCUCCCAUGCCAGCUGGCAGCCCGACGUGUCAAAGUUCGACGGUUUCUUCUCCCUGCAGUUUGCGGGUAACAGCAGCCUCAAGUCCAGCGGCGACGAUGGUCUGCUGGGGCUCAGCACGCUAGGAGGGACGGAAGUCGCGCUCUUCAGCCUGAACUCGUACAGCGGGAGGGCAACCAAGGUUCUCAAGGUCAUGGAGGCGGAGCAGGAGGCAGACCUGGUGGGAGGACCCUCGUGCUUGAGCGACAACAAGCUUUACCUCCUCCUCUACAGCACCCGCCUUGUCCUCAUUGACCUGACCGAUGGCGCCGUCUCCUUCCUCGCCCCCUUCAACCUUCAGGGCCUGGGGAUACCCCAGCCUCAGACAAGCUGGCACUGGCUUGAACUCGUGCCGUUCCAGGUAGCCCGCAAGGUGGACAUGUUCGACGACGUUCAGUUCUCAGUGUGGGACGACAACAUCACCGUGCUGGGGCUGCCGGAGAGCCUACCCAUCAGCCCAGGAUCCUUUGUUCGCGGGGUGUAUUUCUCCCUCACCCUGCUGGGCUCGGGGGUGCGAGUGAACGACAGCAUGCAAAUCACGCGCGUUGGAGACUGUCAGUCAGUGCUGCCCGGAGGUGGUCCCUUCCUCAUCAGAACUCCAGAGCUCCACACCCAAGACUUCGCCCUUGACUUCACCGACGAGCAGCAAGCCCAGCUCUGCAUCCUCAGUGGCAGCCUGCUCGACAGGACCCUCCGGGUCGUCCCCUGGGCACCGGAGAGGGGGCUCAGCUUCCCGCUGUCGCAGGCUGUGGUGGAGCUGCCCGUCGCUCCUCUCCCGCUCGGCGCUCCCGUGCUCGCUACCAUGCGCGGCUUGCUCUCAACAGGUGACCAGCUGAAGAUGGUGGUGGACGACGGGACAGCCCAGCCUGUCGAUCGGUGCAAGUAUUCUCAGAUGGUGCCCGGCACGGAGGUGCUGGAGGUGCAAACGGGGGGGUUCUCCCUCACCCAGCGAUACUCGCGAGGAUCGACGUCGAUCUCCACCUUCCAGCUGCUCCUGACGGACAACUCUACCAGCACAAUGACCUUCUGCUACCGCCGGAGAGGUCUCCUCUCUUUCCUACCUGUUCCUUACAGGCUGGCGGAGCAGCAGCCUUCUCGUUCCCUCAAGUUCUCUGUACCUCUCUCCACUCUUACCACCUGCAGCUCCUCGUCCAGCUGCCCUACUCUUGUUACUGUCACUGUGUAGCGUCGUAGGUUUAGUCUCGCUUGUCGUCUCCUUGCCCGUACAGUGCCGCAGCUCAAGCCAUGGCCUGAGGACGAGGGCAACGGCGGCAUGGUGAGAGUCAGUGGCGGGCCCGGCAGCGUCAGGCGAGUCACGGACUCUCACGGAUGGCUGAUCUCGGAAGUUGGAUAAGAGGAUUUUGUUUUCUCGAGUGCAACCAUAAACCCGCAGCUGAUGAUG